ACAUUCAUUAAAAUACCCAAAAAAUCUCUUCUCCCCACAUUCAUUCAAAGCUUCUCUCAAUUUGCUUUCUCAUAACCCUCCAACAAUUCCUGCGUGACUCUCUUUAUAAAUACACACACACACACACACACACACACUUGUAUCUCACGUACUCCCCUCACUCACUCACUCACAGCAGUACGUGUAAAAUGGAGAAAUUGGGCUUUUUCCUUGGAAUUUUCGCUGCAAUUUUCUCCAUUGUUGUUCCUUCGGUGAUUUCAAGAACACUCCCAUUCAACUCAGAAACAUCUGUUCUUGAUGUUUCUUCCUCGCUUUCAAGGGCCCAGGGUUUGUUCUCACUCAAUCCCCAAAACGUACUAUCCUCGAAGCACGAGGUACACCACCGCCGCCCAGCCGUUUCUACCGGCUCCGCUCUCAGUUUCCAGCUCCACUCUCGAUUGUCGGUCCGUGGAAGCUCCGAGAAGGACUACUACACACUCACAUUGGCUCGGCUGGCGCGUGACUCGGCCCGAGUCAGAGCGAUUCAGACUCGGCUAGAUCUGGCGAUGGGGAUUACGAAAGCAGAUCUAACCCCUCUGGAAUCCGAGUUCGGCGAGGAGAAGCUGGAGGGCCCGGUGAUGUCCGGCACGAGUCAGGGCAGCGGCGAGUACUUCUGCCGAGUCGGAAUCGGCCACCCCUCGACUCAGGCUUACAUGGUGCUCGACACGGGGAGUGACGUCAACUGGGUGCAGUGCGCCCCCUGCGCGGAUUGUUACCAGCAGGCCGACCCGAUUUACGACCCGGGUCUGUCUUCCUCCUUCACUCCUCUCACGUGCGAGACCCAGCAAUGCCAGUCGCUCGACGUGUCCGAGUGCCGCAACGGCACGUGCCUCUACGAGGUAUCCUACGGCGACGGUUCCUACACCGUCGGGGAUUUUGUGACCGAGACCAUCACCUUCGGCGGCUCCGCCGCCGUGGACAACGUUGCCAUCGGGUGCGGGCACAACAACGAGGGGCUGUUCGUCGGAGCCGCCGGCUUAAUCGGAUUGGGCGGCGGCAGGCUGUCGUUCCCGUCGCAAAUCAACGCCUCAUCGUUCUCCUACUGCCUCGUGGACCGCGACUCCGACUCGGCGUCGACUCUCGAGUUCAACUCGGCGGCGCCGCCGGACGCCGUCACGGCCCCGCUGGUCCGCAACUCGAAGCUCGACACGUUCUACUACGUGGACGUAACCGGAAUCAGCGUCGCCGGGGAUCUGCUGCCGAUCCCGCCGUCGACGUUCGAGAUGAACGACAACGGCAGCGGCGGGGUGAUAGUGGACUCGGGCACCGCCGUCACAAGGCUGCAGACGGAGGCGUACAACUCGAUGCGCGACGCGUUCAGGAAGGGGACGAAGGAGCUCCCGACGGCCGCCGGCGUGGCGCUGUUCGACACGUGCUACGAUCUGAGCUCGAGGAAGAGCGUCGAGGUGCCGACGGUGUCGUUUCACUUCUCGAACGGCAAAUCGCUGAGUUUACCGGCGAAGAACUACAUAAUACCGGUGGAUUCGUCGGGGACUUUCUGCUUCGCCUUCGCACCGACGGCGUCGGAGCUUGGGAUUAUCGGGAAUGUUCAGCAGCAGGGGACACGUGUCAGUUACGACCUCGCUAAUUCUCUUAUUGGGUUCUCACCCAAUAAAUGCUGAUAAUUUAUUUAUUUGAUUGUGUCUAAAAAAGAAAUUAGUGAUUAAUUAACUGUUUAAUUAAUUAAAAGUUUUAUUGUGUUCCUUAUUAUUAUUAUCUAUAAAUUGAUCUAGUUUUUUUUUUUUUUUUUUUUUUUUUUGUGAGUGAGUGGGCCUGUCCUUAAUAACUGUAAGCCCAUGGUUUGGGCCCACAUGAUGGGUGUGUGUUUGUAACUAUUGCUAUUUAUUUUAAUAGUAGUUCCUUGUUUGUAUAGUAGUCAAAUUAAUUGUAUGUUGCAACUUUCGUGUGAGGGGAUUUAAUGAAAUUGUCGGUCAAAAAUUUACUAGCAA